AUGGGAGAACCAACAGAAAGAUAUGCAGUGGUGACAGGCUCAAACAAAGGAAUUGGGUUUGAGAUAGUGAGGCAGUUAGCUGAAGCUGGAAUCAAAGUAGUGCUUACAGCAAGAGAUGAGAAAAGAGGUCUUCAAGCAUUGGAAACACUUGAAGCUUCUGGUUUAUCUCAUUCUGUUGUUUUUCAUCAACUAGAUGUGGCUGAUGCUUCAAGUGUAGCUACUCUUGCAGAUUUUGUCAAAUCACAGUUUGGCAAACUUGAUAUUCUGGUUAAUAAUGCUGGGGUUGGUGGAAUUGAAAUUAAAGAUAGUAAUUUAUUCAGUUCAGCAAUCAUUACAAACGGGCAGGCACUAUCUGAUGAUGAAUUGAGAAGUUCAAUGACACAAACAUAUGAGUCAACUAAAGAAUGUUUGAAAAUAAAUUAUGAUGGAGCUAAAACAACAUUUGAACAUCUUGUUCCUCUCCUCCAGUUAUCAGAUUCACCAAGAGUAGUCAAUGUAUCAUCAUCAUUGAGCAAGAUAGAGCAGUGUGUAUCAAAUGAAUGGGCUAAAGGAGUUUUCAGUGAUGUUGAAAACCUUACAGAAGAGAGAAUAGAUGAAGUGUUAAAGGAAUUUCUCAAGGAUUUUGAACAAGGGUCUUUAGAAAGAAAUGGUUGGCCUAGGUAUUUGGCUGCCUAUACUGUUGCUAAAGUUUCAAUGAAUGCUUAUACAAGAAUUAUUGCGAAAAAAUAUCCGAAUUUCUGCAUCAAUUGUGUUUGUCCUGGUUAUGUGAAGACAGAUAUGACUGCGAAUACAGGUUUCUACACUGCAAAAGAAGGCGCUGUGCAUCCUGUUAGUUUAGCGGAUGCUCAAGCAAAGCAGGCUGUUAAUAUUGAAGGUGAAGUUCAAGAAGAUGAUCUCGUUGCAAGAUCUGACAAUAUGCCAUGCCACUGCCAAAAACUAUUGGCAACUAUGUUACAUUUCUUGUUGAAGGUUUGCUUAGAAAUUUAG